UGUGGGCGCAUUCAGUUCAGAGCUGACCAGCAGCACCAGGAGUAAGCGCGAUUAAAGGUCAUUUUUUACUUAGAGAAAUUGGGUACUUGAAGACGGAUUUUUUGCUCUUUGGAAAUGAAGGACAUAUUCACACCGGAUUAACUCGGCGCAACAUUUUCUUAUACUUAAAGUCAAUUCAAUAGCCGUUUUUUUCCCAGUAAUUUCCGGGGCUUUUUGACAUCCAGACAAUGGCCGACAGCACGCAACACCCGCAUGUUAUCUUCUGCAACGACUCGCCCAAGAGGGUGCUGGUGUCCGUCAUCAAGACCACGCCGAUCAAGCCCGCGCAGGCCGAGGCCAUGACGCCCACCAGCCCGGGGUUCAGCGACUUCAUGGUGUACCCAUGGAAGUGGGGGGAGAACGCCCACAAUGUGUCACUGAGCCCGGGCUCACUGAGCGGGGCUUCGUCUCCCGGCGGCACCACCGGAGAAGCGGACACGACCCAAUCACCCGAUCAGAUGAAGGACGGCAUCCGCAGAGGCCGUCCAAGAGCUGAGACUGUCCGAGAGUUGAUCAAUGAAGGUGAAACGUCCUCCAGCCGCAUCCGCUGUAACAUCUGUCACCGGGUGUUCCCCAGAGAAAAGUCGCUUCAGGCCCAUAAGAGAACACACACAGGCGAGCGACCCUAUUUGUGCGACUAUCCAAACUGCGGCAAGGCGUUUGUACAGAGUGGUCAGCUGAAGACGCACCAGCGGCUGCACACCGGAGAGAAACCCUUCGUCUGCUCGGAAAAAGGGUGUGGGAAUCGAUUCACACACGCCAACCGCCAUUGCCCCAGGCAUCCAUUUUCCCGCCUCAAGAGGGAGGAGCCGAAAGAAGGGGUGGGCAAGGCACAGUCUGUGGACAACAAGGCGGUGGCAGAGUGGUUAGCAAAGUACUGGCGGACCCGCGAACAGCGCACCCCCAACUCCCCUACCACCACCAAGGGGAAAGUGCAGAGCAAAGCCAGAGCGCAAGAUCAGGAGCAGCGGGAUCCCAUGGAGUUCCUUCAGUCCGACGAGGAGAAUGGCGAAGAAGAGGAGAUGGUGGAGGAAGAGAAGGGCAACCACGGCGGAGCCGCCAAGCGCCGCCUCCAGGAGCAGCGUGAGCGUCUCCACGGCGCUCUGGCACUCAUCGAGCUUGCCAACCUGUCUGCCUGAGCAGCACUCUCCACCAUUUCCCCAAAAUUACUUAUGUCCAGCUCCAGUCUGCCUUCCUUCCUGUGCUGUAGCUCGAAAACCAUUCCCUUACACAGAUCCUCUCUUGCUUCAAGAACUGGCUUGAGAUCAGUGUUUGUGCACAGCAACAACACCCCUCCCUCUGGAAGGCACAAGCUAAAGCACCUUAUUCAGCUUCCAUUUAUCCUUUUAGGCUGCUAUUGUAGAUUUAACUAUAUGAAGAAUGUCGCUCUUGUCGGCCUUUAAAAGGCAAUCAAAGAGUACCUAUUGUGUUUUUAAGUUGUUUUCUUGUUUGCACUUUGACGGUAACAAGUUUUUAAAGGUAUGUUUGGCGUAUGUGAUUGUAAAUAUGGUUGAAGAUUAGAUGACAGGGUGUAACACCUCACGGUCUGACUCAAAGUCUCUUUGGUGUAGAACGGGGGUCUCAAACUCGAUUUACCUAGGGGCCGCUGGACGCACAGUCUGGUAGAGGCUGGGCCGCAUCAGGUACUCCACAAGAGAAGCUUUGUUUAAAAAGAAAUUCCAAUCUUCUCGAAUGUUUUUUUUUUUUUUUUAAUCACAAAACAAGAUGAAAAAUACAUGAACAAAUUAAAAAUUAACAAGAAAAUAAAUAAAUAUAUGUUUUGGGCUGUGAAGUAUAUUUUAAUUCCACUUGGUGUUGUGUUUAGCUGACGUACGGAGAGCUACUCAAUUCACGAAGAAUUUCAUUUCUGCAAUGUGCGUCAUUUCAGAUUUUUUUUUCUGUAAUCGCAGCACAGCGGUCGGCUGGUAACAGUCUCCUUUGUUUUUGCGCUUGAUGUUCAUGUCUUUCAAGAUGAAAAUGACAUUUGUAGAUGGUACAAAGUACCGGGAUAUUGAGUGCAAAAAGACGACUGCUCCUGGAGUGUUGCUCUUGUUAUAGGAAAAAGAAACAGAAAUGACAGAAUGCUGUUGUGGUAAAUGUAGUCAAAGAAACAAAACAAAUGACAUCAAAUAGAAAUAUAUGUAGUGUGAGGCAAUGCAAUUAGUGUCAUGCAAAUAAAAAAAGACCCACAAAUAAUGGUGACCCUAUAAUUCGUCCGGGUUAUCGGGGGCUGUUAUUGCUGGAGUUCCCUUCUUUUUUUUAUCCCUCCGCGUCACUUUGAUUUAUUUUGUCAGAGCGACAUGUGUACGGUAUCUAAAAAAUAUUGUUUAGGGUGCCGCAAUUGGCCCAUAGGCCGCGAGUUUGAGACCCCUGGUGUAAAACAAAGGCGAAAAUUGGCUUUUACCUGCACUAGCAAAGAGAUAGUGGCAUUUUUAUAAGAUACUUUUUUUUAUAGUUGGACGUGGGUCAUGUUUCUUUUCUGUGAGAAGGACAGGUGAUCAUUGCAAGCCAAAUUCACUUCUCACAACAUUGGACCACAUGCACUUAAGACCCUUUUCCACCCAGCAGUACAGUUAAGUGCAAAAUAUUUGGGCUGCCACACUUUAGCUUUGUUUCUAUGAGCAGUUAGUUUACGGUAUAGUUUGUAUUAGGUAAACCGCAGUCUUUUUGACACAGAUUCUGUAAAAUUGCAGCACAAGUCGGACAGCUACAAAUACUUUCAACACAAAGGUGCAGUAGAAGCCUGUCUUAGGUGUUAAACUGGAAUACAGUUUUAAAAGAAAGUGUCUCCAAACUUCACACAGGGUGUUGAAUACAUUGGGAUCCUUACAAAUAGAAACAAUAAAAUGUAGCCAAGUUACAUCACUGGGCUUUACAGUGGGAUACGAAAGGCAGCGGUAUGGUACCAAUAGUGCCGCUUGUCGAUUUGGUUUUGAGAUAUUCAUAGCCGCCCACUUAGUGAUGAGAACAAGUCAAGAGAUUAUAUUGACUAUACUGUACUCCUAGGUGGAAAUAAAGCUGAAACAGAAUAUUGGAGGGUGGGGUUAUAUUAGUAAAGAGGCUUGUGGCAUUUAUUUUCCAAAUAAGCGGAUUGACAGUUAUUCUGGUCUCAAAGUUUGACUUUUUAUAACCUUUUGGUCAGUAGUUAAAGGAAGCACUUGGGUUUAUUUUUAAAGAAUAAUCUUGAAAUAAGGCUUGCAAUGCCCUAAAUACACAUGCUGUCCAGGAAAAAGGCUCCAGUUUGUUAUAGAUUUUUGUUAGUUGUGCUGUUUUUUUAAUUUGUCUUUAAAGCUACACUACAUGAGAACAUUGUAUCACGCUCCCUAAUAGCCCUACUUCAGUUUUUGUUUUAUUUUCGGAGCAAAUUGUGCACUAGAAACCAAUCAUGAUUGCAGUUUUUGGAUUCCCAAACAUCACAAAAGGUUAAACUGGAAAUUAGAUUAGAAUCAAGUCACCAAAAGUAUUUUGAGUAUAGUAUAUUCUGAAUCACUUCUUCUAACCCAUAGGCUUGUUUUUUCUUAAUUUUUUUGGAGUGAGUGUGGUGUGUGAAAAUGAUGGCAUUUAAUAUAUACAGAUUGUUAGAAUAAUACGGAUUGUGCAUAACUUACCAAAAGCUUGGACAAAUAAUUCUAGAAUCACUUCUCUCACAUUCUAACAUCUUCAUACAUGUAUAGAGUGACUUUUACUUGGUUUGUAUGGUAAAGUUUCUUUAACAAGCUGUCCAUUUGAUUAUAACCUUGCUGGUUUUCAAUAAACAUUCACACAACCUGA